AUGUUGCGCAAGAGUAUUGCCGCUUUCGUUUCUGCAGCGCUGGCAGCGUCGUCACAGGCAGCGUCGCCAAAAGCGACCAGGAGCGAGACCGGCCAAACCUCUAUUGGAAGGCCGGACAUUGAGGCGUAUCCAUUCAACGCGGGCCGCGCACUGCCCGAAUCCCCUGUCCGGACGAAGAAUUGUACAGUCGCAGCUAGUGGAGGGGAUGACGCCGCGGCUAUUCUGCAGGCUUUGCACGACUGCAACAAUGGCGGCACGGUUAUCCUCGACGCCGAGUACACCAUCGGCACUGUUCUCGACUUGACAUUCUUGAAUAGUGUGGACAUUGCACUGACGGGGAAAAUCACCUUUACCGACGACAUCGAGUAUUGGGUCAACAACGAGUUCCACUACGAUUUCCAGAACUCAACAUCAUUUUUUAAGCUCGGUGGGACUGAUGUUAACAUUUAUGGUGGUGGAGUAGGAGUAAUAGAUGGCGCUGGUCAGAAAUGGUGGGAGGAGUUUGCCGUCAACGCUACAUUGCUUAGGCCGAUCCUGUUCGUGACUGAUGGCCUACAUGGUGGCAGUAUUACUGGGAUCAACAUGAUCAACUCCCCCAACUGGUUCAACCUGAUCGCAAACAGCUCCGAUGUCUUGAUCAGUGACAUCACCAUCAACGUCCACAGCACCGGCAAGGUCACAGCUAAAAACACCGAUGGAUGGAAUACGUAUCGAUCGGAUGGGAUUAUAAUUCAGAACUCCGUGAUCAACAAUGGAGAUGACUGCGUGUCAUUCAAACCGAAUAGCACUAACAUUGUCGUCCAAGGUCUGCAAUGCAACGGGAGCCAUGGCAUUUCCGUAGGCUCUUUGGGUCAAUAUGUCGAUCAAUACGACAUCGUCGAGAACAUAUACGUCUAUAACAACUCCAUGUCCAAUGCCAGCGAUGGAGCCCGUAUCAAGGUCUGGCCAGGGAUUAACUCGUACCAGGCGCCGACCCUCAGUGGCGGCGGUGGUGCUGGGUACGUCAAGAACAUCACAUACGAGAAGUACUAUAAUCACAACAACGACUGGGCGAUCGAGGUCAAUCAGUGUUAUGGGCAGUCAAACAAGACCCUAUGCCAGCUAUUUCCUUCCAACAUGACGAUUUCUGACAUUUACUUCCUCGAUUUCUGGGGGACAACAUCCAAGAAGUACGACCCGAAAGUCGGAACACUUGUAUGCUCUUCACCUCAACAAUGCCAAAACAUCAAUGCGCGAAACAUUUCCAUCAAGGGGCCUAGUGGCGCCUCGCCGAAAUGGGUUUGCAGUGGUUUCGAUACCUCAGGCUUAGAAGGUUUUGACUGUGUCUCGUCUUAA